AUGACCUAUCGGCUUUUGCGUUCGCGAGAGGAAAAUCCGCAACUGCCCAAGAUUGAACUGCAUUGGUCGUCUUCGCGUUUUUUGACUACUGAAUUGAGCAAAACAAAGGGUCUGGCAAAGGUCGCAACGGGUCCUAUUAACGCAUUGGACAUUGAAGCUCUGGAAGGACGAUACUUACUUGCAGGUAGUGCCGAUACGACAAUACACCUGUAUGACUUGGAGGAGUGGGACACCGUCCCUAGUGGCUCAGACCAAACUUCCACUGGGUUGCGACGACCUCCGCCUGCACGAGCCCUUUCACGUCCCAUAGCGACCGUGGAAAGGCGGGCGGGCCAUCAGUAUAGCGUCACAGGCGUUCACUGGUUCCCGACAGAUACGGGCUUAUUCACUACGUCAUCUAUGGAUGGUACGGUGAAAGUGUGGGACACUAAUGUUAUGCAGAGUGUCUGUGCUUUCAAUAUCGAAAAUCAUGUCUAUGUACAUGAGAUGUCGUCUGUGGCAACGAGCCACAAUUUGAUUGCAACUGGCACGGCGGAAUCGCCAGUACGUCUAUGCGAUAUGCGUACGGGUGCCUUCACACAUUCGUUAAUGGGUCACAGGGGGUCGGUACUCACCGUCCGGUGGUCACCACGGGAUGAGUUUUUGUUAGCGUCAGGAAGCACUGAUCAUACGAUUCGAUUUUGGGAUAUACGCAAAGCGAAGGCAUGUCUCAUAUCCCUCGAUCAGCAUGAAACUGGAUCUAGGAGACGAGAGGACAAUGGAGACAAUGAUUCUACGUCUGCACACAAUGGUCAUGUGAAUGGCCUAGGCUUCACGUCCGACGGCUUGUAUCUCAUUUCCGCCGGGCACGAUGAGAGUCUGCGACUGUGGGAUGUGUUUUCGGGCAAAAACACUUUGGUGAAUUAUGGUCCACACUUGAGAAAUCGGGUCUUCCAUGUUCUUCAACCGACGAUUACACCUCUUUCCUCCUGUUAUCCGCCAUUGCUUUUUCAGCCGUCUGAUAAUAGACAGGUACUGGUCUUCAACUUAUGGAGUGGGGAAUUGAUGAUGAGGCUAAAGCGGCACGCCGGCCGGGUCGGCUGUGUUGCCCUUCGACAUGGACAUGAGGAGCUUUACUCUGGGGGGAAUGAUCAUGAGAUCUUCUGCUGGAAUCCCCGCAAGGACAAUAUACUUGCUGAUGAAGGAGCGGUGUAG